CUCUCUCUCUCUCUCUCUCUCCUUCUCACCGCUCUCUUUAUCACUUUUGCUGACAAAACCCCACGCGCACAGACAGGGGGGCUCGCUCCCUCACCUUCAUCCCCCACCAUGCUGCCCUGGAGAAGGAGUAAGUUUGUGCUGGUGGAGAACGAGGCCAAGACAAAGCCUAAGAGUCUUGGAGCCGGGCUUACCUACCACUCCAUCCUCUCCUCCCUGCUGCGCUCCUGCCCAGACCUGCUCCCGGACUACCCAUUCGACUGGCUCGGCAACGUCUUCCAGCACAAACGGCAGAAGGUUGAGCUAAACAAGGAGGACCCCACCUACAAUGUACGUUACCUGGGAAGCAUAGUGACCAUCACGGCCAAGGGAGACGGAUGCACUCAGGAGGCGGUGGCCAAGAUCUGGACCAGGAGCAACUACGGAGAGCAGAGCAUCAAGAUGAGGCUGACUGUGGGAGCGCAGGGCAUCAGGAUGAGCGCUGACAAGUCUGGGAAGAAAAAGCCGACUCAUCUGUACUCUCUGAACCGGAUAACCUACUGCACAUCUGACCCCUACAGGCCCAAAAUACUGGCCUGGAUCUACCGGCACCAGGUGAAGAACAAGGCAGUGGUCUUGCGUUGCCACGCCGUCCUGGUCACCAAGUCAGAGAAGGCCCGGGCCAUCGCAAACAAACUUUACCAGACCUCCACGUCUGCCUUCAGUGAGUUCAAACGUCUGAAACGUCAGAGCGACUUCCGACACUGCCAGCAGGAGCUGCUUGGGGACGAGGUGGUGCCACUCAUGCCGCUGAGGAGACAGCUCAACGGACAGUGCUACUACCGGCCACCUGCCGACCACGCUGGCAUUGCCCCCCGCCUCUACCCCAUUACUGAGGAGGAGGAAGAGACUGAGGAGGAGCAGGAGCAGGAGAAGGAAGAAGGAGGUCAGGAAAGGGAAGAGGGGGACAUUCAGAGGAAGGAAGAAGGGGAAAAGAAAAAGGAGGAGGAGGGGAAUUGUGAGACUUUCACUGACCCCAUUCGAUUCUGUCACAUGGACUUGGGGGACUUAGUUAAUGGACUAAAGGAGUGCCAAAUCAACAUAAUCAGUGAUGGCAACAACAAUACAAUGACAUUCAUCAGUUCUCUAGUGUGACCUGAGAGAACAGGAGGAUAUCUUACUGUAUUUCAAAACAAAAAACAUUCUCCUCUCCUCCCCUCACUGGUACCUUCACAGUCUCCCUCCCUCCAAGACAAGGGGGAAGAUUUUGGUUUGUCAGUUGAUUGGGAGACUGUGUGGAGGAUGAGUGUUUACAAAGAGGGAUUUGUGUGGGACAGGGAAAGGUGUUCAAAUAGCACAAUGAAAAGGAAAAAUUUUCUCAGAGCCUACUGAGGGAACUGCGUGCAUCGUGUCAUGGUCAUGAAGGUGUGUUGCACCCCAAACCAACGUGUUGUACCCUCCUGGUGUUCCUUUUGUUGUGAGUAUUAACAAUGUUUUAGUUAGAAGGGAUGUCUGAGAGUUAGUAUUUUCCAGCAAGGUUGUUUGUAAACAAAUGUAUCAUUUUUUAUAUGACAAUCCUGUAAUAGCCAGUGCAACAGUACAUUUUCAGAAUUUUUCACAGUUGACCUUUUUGAAUGCAUUCAACCCCCGUGAAGAAGUUUAAUACAAUUUUAUUAUUAACAGUGGCCAACUAAUGAACUAUACUAUAAUUUAGGAAUAAAGCCAUUGCCUGUAAAUCUUUAUUGCUACCUAUUUGUUAAAGCCCUGCUUCAUCAUUUCUGCAUGAAAAGUCAGCGGUGACAUUUAGCGUUGAGCUAUUGUCUUUUUAAAUGUGACACCUUUGAUCUCUUGACUUUUACAGCUCCACACUGUGAUACGUUUUUUUUUACCACACAAAUAGGGAGGGCUUAUGGACUGACGUGCUUGCAUUUUGCUGUAUCUAUUCUGUAUACUAUGGGCAUUUGUUUUCAGGUUUGCUAAAUAUCUGUUUGUAGUUUCUGUUAUAGCUCAGUGUUUUUCACUGCCAGACUUCUUUUCCACAAAGGAAGCAAAAAUACCUAGGGUUAGUCCCACACAGUUUGAUGAAAAAAACAAUAUUUUGGCUACUGUUUUUGUUUGUUUCCUAC